AUGACAGCGCAGGCUUCUCGGGCGCGCGGGUCAUCGGGAGGGGCUCGGCGGGUGGCGGAGCAGAACGACAAGGGAUCUGCCAUGAAUGCUGCCGUAGUCGGACCUCUGACGCCCGCGGGUGUGCGUGCGCGCGCGGGCAUGCAAAGCGCUAUCCGGGCAUGUCCCGCGCCGCGGCACCGCUGCGACCGCGGGGAGCACCAGGUGUGCCGAGCUGCUGGCUUCGGGAAGAAGCAGGCCAAGGCCGGGAAAUCAGGGAAGACCUUCCUCAAGGAAAUGAGCGAGACCUCCCUGGGCCUCGGCGGGAGGCUGGUCGCCGAGCUCCGCGCGGACAGCAAGCCCUGCCCGUGCGGGUCCGGCCAGGCCUACGGGGAGUGCUGUCAGGUCUACCACAACGGCAAGGCAGCGCCAACCGCCGAGGCGCUCAUGCGCGCCAGGUACACCGCGUACGCGAAGAAGCUCGCCGACUACAUCGUCGACACCACGCACCCCGACAAUCCGGCGUACGAAGGCAGCAAGACGCCGGACGGCGAGCACUCGAGCACGCUGCGCGAGGACGUUAUCGCCACCUCGCGUAUCUUCGACUUCGAGAAGCUCAAGGUCGAGGAGGUGCGCGAGGGCAAGGACGAGGACGAGGCGUACGUGGGGUUCACGGUGUGGGGCCGCGUGACGGGCCAGAAGGGGCAGCGGGCGAAGGGGUCGAAGACGGAGACGAUCCAGGAGCUCAGCAGGUGGAUGGCCAGUUUGCAACGCAGGUUCGUCCGCGAGGACGGCAAGUGGUGGUACAUCGACGGCGACACAGACUGGGUGCAUCACUCGUACGGGGACAAGAAGGCCGCCUAG